AUUUCAGCAGCUUCAAUCUUUGGGGAUGGCUCAGGCAGCAGCACUGCGAUCAACGCUCCGUGCGCUCCGAUUGUCAUCAUCAUCUUCUUCGCCGCCGUCGCUGCCGGUGCUCGCCCAUUGUCAUCAUUAUCAUCAUCAUGAGCAUCAUCACUACCAUCGUUCUCAUCGUCAUGAUGGAGUUGCAUCAUCGUACGGCGGUUCAACCGUUCAUCCACCACCGCCGCCGCCAACCGUUGACGCGUCAUCGCUGCCACUGCGUUUCCAAGCACCCCAUCACCGUUCAAGCCCGGCUCUCUCCAUUCAGGGGACGAUGGCCAUGACGACGACGACAGCGACGACAGCGACUCGGCGCGCUGUGCAUUCGAUCACUCGCAGUAGUGCUGCUCUUCCCGCCCCGUCCACCGCCGCAGCCCAUCCCCCGCUGGUCCUGCCACCCACGCACAAUGCACUCAAUUUCGCUGCAAAUAAUCGCGUCCAACUUCGUCCGUCAUUCCGCAAAAUCACGUUCCAUUCAACUUCAGGUUUGGCACCAUCCGAACGAUGGCGACCCGAUCACGAGGAAGACAGGCACGAACGAGCAUUGCAAAAGUCAGCCACGCCACCGGUGACAUUUGGAGGCAAGUUGACGACGGCGCCGUCGCCGGCAAACGCGAGCAAACUGCACCGUGACGAGUUUGAGCGCACUGCGGGCGGUGCCACCUCCCAAGAGAGCAUGGCCACGGAUGAGCAUGACGAGCACACCUCGCACCACGAUCCCGCCGUCGUGCAUCAUCACCAUCAUCACCAUCACCACCAGCAAACACGUCGCAAACAGGCCGCGGCUCCCGUUGCCGGCGCCCUCACAUCCACUGGUGCAUCCAGCCUAUCUGUCGGCACUGCACGACCAGCGUCGGCUUCUUUUUAUGACACGUCUGUUGACUUUUAUGCAUCUCAGCCCGUCACGCGCAUGACCAUGAAAACCCUGUUCGAGUUUGGACAAAAUCUAAAGAGCGACGAAAGCAGAAAGCUCUUGUUCGCCAAGUACUUGCAAAACGAGCUGCCCAUUCGACUGGCACACCGCAUCCGGGACUUCCAAAAGCUCCCAUUCAUUGUCGGGUGCAAUCCACACAUUCAAAGCGUCUACAGCUUGUACUUGCGCUCGUUCGACUCCCUGCGACAGUGGCCGCCGAUCGAAACCAUGGAGCAGGAGCGUGCAUUCACCGAGAUGCUCACGCGACUGGUCGACGACCACCUGAAUGUCGUUGUCGAGUUGGGCAAGGGCUGCGUCGAAAGCAAGCGGUAUAUGCCCGUUGACAAGCUCAAUCGGUUUUUGGACUUGACCUUGCAGUCCCGUAUUGGCGUACGCAUGUUGGCAGAGCAGCACCUUGCCCUGCACAAUCAACAGCCAGGCUUUAUUGGCAUUAUUUGCGAGAAACUGCCUCCCCGUGCCAUUGUCGAAAAGGUCGCCGACAUUGCGGGAACCAUGUGCCAACAUCAUUAUGGAGUUGCACCGGAGGUUGAAAUUCAAGGACACGUCGACACAGUCUUCUCGUACAUUCCAGCGCACCUCGAAUACAUGUUGUUGGAGUUGGUCAAAAAUGCAAUGCGAGCGACUGUCGAGCACAACUGGAGUCGGCGUCAGCAAGGGUUGCCCAAGAUUGUCGCCACCAUUUGCAAGGGCACUACAGACAUUACUAUUCGACUGAGUGAUCAGGGUGGUGGCAUUCCGCCGCACAUUAUGCCAGAAAUUUGGACGUACUCGUUCACGACUGCAGAUAUGGAGACCAUGACUCGCCCAGAAGAAGAGGACAGUGACAAUCCCAUGGACUUUGUCAAUCUGAUGGAUGGAUCUGCCUCUCAUCGGUAUGGUCCGCUCGCUGGACUUGGAUUUGGUCUGCCAAUGUCUCGUGUGAACGCCGAAUACUUUGGUGGCUCGCUGAAUAUUUGCUCCAUGCAUGGCUAUGGGUGCGACGUCUUCCUGCGGCUCAACCAUAUUGGAGACACGCUUGAGAGUUUUGAGAUAUAAAUGUGGUGUUUUCAAUUUUGAUUGCUCUGAUGUAUUUUAGAAUCGGAUUUACAAUCGCAAAUAACUCAAAUCACGCUUCGAGGUCCAGUUGUCCAGCUCUUCCCAGAACUGA